AUGAACGCCCACCGAUUCGGCCUCGCUGCCGUGCGCAGCGCCAAAGCACCCACCACCCCCUUCUUCACCCACGCCCUCCCCCGAUCCCUCCUCGCCGCCACCCUCUCAACGACCUCCAAGCGCCCCAUCACAACCCAGAAGCUCUCCCAGGAACAGGGCCAGGAGGUCCUCGCCAGCCAGCGCCUCAACCGCCCCGUCUCCCCCCAUCUCGGCAUCUACAAGAUGGAGCAGACCUGGUUCGGCGCCUCGGCCUGGACCCGCAUCACCGGCUGCACCCUCUCCGGCGCCGCCUACGUCUACUUCACCGCGUACCUCGUCUCCCCGCUGCUGGGCUUCCACGUCGAGAGCGCCGCCCUGGCCUCGGGCUUCGCGGCCCUGCCCUUCGUCGUCAAGGGCGCCAUCAAGUUUGCGCUCGCCUUCCCCUUCACCUUCCACUUCAUCAACGGCAUCAAGCAUCUCAUCUACGACGUGGGCGUCGGGUUCGCCAAAAAGCACAUUCUUCUGGGAGAGAAGCUUUUGUGGAUUUCGAGCUUCCUUGGCGGCGGUUACCUGGCUUUUGGCGUGUAA